AGGGACUUGCAGUGGAAGGAUUCGAAAUCCGGAAGAUUUAAAUCGCUGAAGGAGAGGUCGCUACGGCACAGUAGACUCUCAAGAGGAAGUCCUCUGCUGAACUCAGACAUUAAAAUCCUAACCACCAGAGCUAAUUUGGAUCAUAAACCACCAAAUGAAUGGGAGCGUCUGUGGUCUUGGCAAGUACAGAAACAUAUAGGUUACUUAUGAGGAUAAUUCACUAAAACAUCAAGCUAUGAAGAAAAACUCCAAGAGGAACCACAGUUCAAGGGUUUCUGACCUAGAAUUGAACUCUGCGGAUGCUGAGAAGGAAAAAAAAGAGCAUCAAAAUAACUUUGUUGAACUGCUGCCUCUAGAAGUUACUUUAAAAAUUUUCAGUCAGCUGGACAUCUGGAGUUUGUGCAGGGCUUCGGUGACGUGCAGGAGCUGGAAUCACACAAUAAGACACAGCGAUGCCUUGUGGAAACCUCAUUGCCUGACUGUGAGAGCUGUAUGCCAAAGAGAGAUAGAUGAUGAUCUAGAGAGUGGUUAUCCCUGGAGGGUAAUACUACUGAGGAAUUACCAGAAGAGUAAAGUGAAACAUGAAUGGCUAAGUGGCAGAUAUAGCAACAUAUGUUCUCCUAUCAGCCUACCAGAAAAAAUCAUGUACCCAAUGGAUGCAGACACAUGGGGGGAAAUUCUAGAAGCAGAACUGGAAAGAUAAGCAGAAAAAUCACACACAGAUCUCCUAACUUUGAGAGUUUAAAACUAAAAUGACUCUUAGUUUAUAAAAGGUACAUCUUUAGCC